UCUUCUCAUGUCCAAAUAUUUACCCUUUUUUUUCUUACAAACACUACAUAUGGCUCCUCGCGGGAAACCUGACGGCAACGCCGCCAACAACGGCGGCGCCGGCGAAAUUCGUUACCGCGGUGUUCGUAAACGUCCGUGGGGCCGUUACGCAGCCGAGAUCAGAGAUCCAGGUAAAAAAAGCCGUGUUUGGUUAGGUACAUUUGAUACCGCUGAAGAAGCCGCACGUGCGUAUGAUAACGCCGCACGUGAGUUCCGUGGUGAUAGAGCCAAAACUAACUUUCCGUCCGCCGUCGAAUUACGCCUUCCGCCGGCCUCCACCGCCGUUUUCCAAAAGUAUGUGAAUAAAAGUCCUAGCGGCGAAAGCAGCACCGUCGAAUCGGCUAAUUCGGCCGUACCUCUGGCGGCGGCGGCGCCGUUUCCGCCGACUGCGCUUGAUCUCAGCCUAUCUCCCUUUCCGGUUGCUUUUCCGGUGGCGCAUUCGUUGUUUCUGUAUCAUUCUCAGAUAAAUAACUCCGUAAACAACGCCGUUAAACUUAACCGUAACCGUCUCGAUUUGUUUAGCUUUGACGGAUCUGUUAACCGUAAACCUAACGGCGCCAUUAACAACCUCGUUAACGUUAACGGCGGUGGUGCACAAAGUGAUUCUGAUUCUUCAUCGGUUGUUAAUUUCAGUUAUAAUUCAGAUCGUCAACGUCAGGAAAAAUGUCAAAAAUCUUUGGCUCUGGAAAUCGAUCUUAAUUUUCCGCCGCCGGAAGUUGCGGCGCUUUCCAUUUAAAUUUUCCGUUUUUUAAGAGUUGAUAAAACAUUAUAAUAGAAGGAAAAAAAUGAUGUAUUAGAGAGGAGAUUAAAAAAAAAAAAGAUAGUAAAAGCAGCCUGAUGAUAUAAAUGUUUUUGAUGUGCUGAUAUAUAAUGUUUAUUUAUUUUGUUAACUACAUCGAUUUUUUGUUUUUAAUUCUGUA